AUGAGUGAGAAUCCGUUUGAAUUAAAAGAAGAGCUCUUCAGCUCUAAAACCAAUACCCCCUCCAUCAAGUUUUGUCUGUACACAGUGGAGGACACAGUUAAAGAAUUGAGAACAGACAUUAAUCAAGGCUUGGGAAAUAGUCAAGACGUAUUGAAUCGGAGAUCAAUACAUGGAGUCAAUGAAUUAUCAAAUGAUGAAGAGGAAAGUAUUGUAUGGAAGUUUAUAGCGACUUUCUACGAGGAUCCGUUGAUCUUGUUGCUUAUAGGUUCAGCAGUAAUUAGUUUCUGGAUGGGGAAUGUGGAUGAUGCCAUUUCUAUUACUUUGGCUAUUGUUAUUGUUGUUACCGUGGGGUUUGUUCAAGAAUAUAGAUCUGAAAAAUCAUUAGAAGCAUUAAAUAAAUUGGUUCCAGCUGAAGCAAAAUUAACAAGAAAUGGUAAUACUUCUCAUGUUUUGGCUUCCACUUUAGUUCCUGGUGAUUUGGUCCAUUUUGUUCAAGGUGAUAGAAUCCCGGCUGAUAUUCGUUUAACUGAUGCGGUGUAUUUGUCCAUUGAUGAAAGUAACUUGACAGGUGAAAAUGAACCCGUGAGAAAGAAAGUGGAUCCCGUGAUAAAAACUGGUAACGAAACUCCUUCUAUCACCGUAAGAAGUUCUAUUGCAUACAUGGGGACUUUGGUCCGUGAUGGACAUGGUUCUGGUAUUGUAGUAGCAACGGGUGCUAAGACAGAGUUUGGAGCUGUGUUUGAAAUGAUGCUGGAAAUUGAAAAACCAAAAACUCCUUUACAACAAGCUAUGGAUAAGUUGGGAAAGGAUUUAUCCAUGUUCAGUUUCGUAGUAAUUGGUAUUAUUUGUUUUAUUGGGGUUGUACAAGGACGUUCAUGGUUGGAUAUGUUUCAGAUUUCAGUCUCACUUGCGGUAGCAGCUAUUCCAGAAGGUUUGCCUAUCAUUGUCACUGUCACAUUGGCUCUUGGCGUUCUUAGAAUGGCCAGGAGAAAGGCUAUUGUUAGAAGAUUGCCCAGUGUUGAAACAUUAGGAAGUGUCAAUGUUAUUUGCUCUGAUAAGACUGGGACUUUGACCAAAAAUCAAAUGAGUGUUACUAAAGUGUGGACAAGUGAUUAUGAAGGAAGUUUCAAUUCUCCAUUUUUAAUUGUCGAAAAGUUGGAUGAUACUAAUUUGCAUAAGGAAAUGACUACCAACAUGAGAAGAACAUUAGAAGCUGGAAACAUAUGUAACAAUGCCCGUUACUCCCAUGAAAGCGACAAAUUUGUUGGUAAUGCAAGUGAUAUUGCUCUUGUUGACUGUUUGCAACAUUUUGGCUUGGAAGACGUUAGACCUACUAUGGAAAGAGUUUAUGAAUUACCCUUUUCUUCAAAGAGAAAAUAUAUGGCUGUUUGUGUUCACCAGGGAGACUUAAAUAAAGCGGAAACGGUUGCUAAAGGUGCUACUGAAAGAGUCUUGGAGUUAUGUUCAAGGUACUACGAUUCUGAUGGUCUGAUUAAGCCCAUCACAACUGAAUUUAAGAACUUGGUACAUGAAAGAUCAAUAAUGCUUGCAAAUGAUGGGUUACGAGUUUUGGGUUUUGCUAGACAUGGAUCCAAGAUUGGCCCUUCAGAUAAUGAAGAAAAGCCCACUACCUAUCCAAAUGACUUGAUUUUCGCAGGGAUGGUAGGGAUGAAAGAUCCUCCAAGACCAAACGUUGCCAAGUCCAUUCAAUUGCUAAUGCAAGGUGGUGUUCAUGUGGUGAUGAUAACCGGUGAUUCUCCUACUACAGCUGUUCAUAUUGCAAAGCAAAUUGGUAUGCCAGUUGUAGGACCUGAUUCGGUCAUGACUGGAGAUCAAUUGGACUCUCUCUCUGAAGAUCUUUUAUCAGAUGCCAUUCAUAAUGUUUCGGUGUUUGCUAGAACAACCCCUGAGCAUAAGGUGACCAUUGUUAAAGCAUUACAAAGACGUGGUGAUAUUGUAGCCAUGACUGGUGAUGGUGUAAACGAUGCACCAGCCUUGAAGUUGGCUGAUAUUGGUAUUGCAAUGGGUAAGAACGGGACAGAUGUAGCUAAGGAAGCUGCUGAUAUGGUUUUAACAGACGAUGAUUUCUCUACUAUUUUAAGUGCUAUCGAAGAAGGUAAAGGUAUUUUCUACAACAUCCAAAACUUUGUUACCUUUCAAUUAUCCACCAGUAUUGCUGCAUUGACAUUGAUUGCAUUGGCUACAUUUUUUGGAUUACCUAACCCUUUAAAUGCAAUGCAAAUUCUUUGGAUUAAUAUUUUAAUGGACGGUCCACCAGCUCAAUCGUUAGGUGUUGAACCUGUUGAUCAUGAAGUGAUGAAGAAGCCCCCAAGAAAGAGAAACGAUAAGAUCUUGACUGAAGCCGUUAUAAAAAGAGUAUUACAAUCGGCAGCUAUGAUCAUUAUGGGUACCAUUUAUAUUUUCAUUCGGGAAAUGAAUGAUGGUGAAGUGACUGCUAGAGACACCACAAUGACGUUUACUUGUUUUGUCUUUUAUGAUAUGUUCAAUGCCUUGGGAUGUCGUCAUUACACCAAGUCGAUAUUUGAAUUGGGAUUAACCAACCAAAUGUUCAACUUUGCUGUGCUUGGAUCGUUGAUUGGUCAAUUCUGUGCUAUUUAUGUGCCAUUUUUUCAAUCUAUAUUCCAAACAGAAGCAUUAACUUUAGGUGAUUUGGUUCGUCUUCUUUUUUUAACCAGCAGUGUGUUUAUUGCUGAUGAGGUUAGAAAGUAUAUUCUUAGACGUAAGAAUUCCAUGAGUUACGGAACUAAUUACGGAUAUGGCGUAUGA